CAGCAGUCCCGAACUGGGGGAGAUCAGGGGAGGGUACAUUAUCCCUGUGGGAUACAGCGUCAACAAGACUCCACAACUGUCACACGUGUACUCUCCCCUAAGUGAAAGCCGACUGCACCGCUACGAUUUACGGCUUUUCCGAUUUGCUCGUUUAAUUCCACCGACGAUGGAAUGGAAGAGAUUCUCGUCGACGCCAUUUUUUUUUAGAGCAACUGUCUAUUGAAUUGGGAAACUUUGCUAGACGGCGUCCAACGUUAGCUGCUAGCUUGUUGGCCGUUAGCUCGCCGGCGCCGUUGUGACAGUUGACGCUUGGCUGUCGUCACCAGGUUGCUUUACGUUGAUGUAACGCUAAUUGUUCCUGCGGUAGAGCGGCACGUACGACAAAGACAACGGUCAUUUGCUGUCAGUGAACAAUUCAGCCACCGUUAUACUCGAAGUCACCGUGGCCGUCUUUGUCGUGCAGGGCGACCGUAUGUGGUUAGAGUAGCGGUUUAGCAUCGCCAACGCGUUAGCUUGCGAUUUCACACUUUGAUUUCGCACGGACUACAUUGCGCUCGUCUGUGAUUUAAGUGUCAGCCAAAUCCUCUGACUGGAUUAAUCACCCGUCCACACCCCACUGCUCGACCUAUGUGGAUUCAUUUAAAGCAGGUGCCCUUGUGCUGGUUCCUUAGGCCCAGCAACCACUGCAGAUGAAUCGUCAGCUGCUUGGGGCGUAGCUCAGCACUCAGAUAGUCCCGUCCCCCUUUGCGUGGGCCAUAGGGGACUACAAUAAGCAGGAUGCCCUCCUCUGUAAGGGCAGGGAGCCUGAAGGAUCCGGAGGUGUCUGAGCUGUUCUUCAAAGACGACCCAGAGAAGCUUUUCUCCGACCUCCGGGAGAUCGGCCAUGGCAGCUUCGGAGCCGUCUACUUUGCACGGGAUACACGCACAAAUGAAGUGGUGGCAAUUAAAAAGAUGUCCUACAAUGGCAAACAGUCUAAUGAGAAAUGGCAGGACAUUAUAAAAGAGGUCAAGUUCCUGCAGAGGAUCCGGCACCCAAACAGUAUAGAAUACAAAGGUUGUUACCUGCGUGAGCACACAGCAUGGCUGGUGAUGGAGUACUGUCUUGGCUCAGCCUCAGAUCUGCUAGAAGUUCAUAAAAAACCGUUGCAGGAAGUAGAGAUUGCUGCCAUUACGCAUGGUGCACUGCAGGGCCUGGCCUACCUCCAUUCCCACAAUAUGAUCCACAGGGAUGUGAAGGCCGGUAACAUUCUGCUCACAGAGCCGGGGCUCGUCAAACUAGCAGACUUUGGCUCGGCUUCCAUUGCCUCACCUGCCAACUCCUUCGUGGGAACGCCGUAUUGGAUGGCCCCAGAGGUGAUUCUAGCUAUGGACGAGGGCCAGUAUGACGGGAAAGUGGAUAUCUGGUCCUUAGGGAUCACCUGUAUAGAAUUAGCUGAGAGGAAACCUCCCUUGUUUAACAUGAAUGCGAUGAGUGCCUUAUACCACAUAGCGCAGAAUGAGAGCCCCAGACUGCUGUCCAGUGAAUGGACGGAUUACUUUAGAAACUUCAUCGAUUCUUGCCUUCAGAAAAUCCCCCAAGACAGGCCACACUCUGACGACAUGCUGGGGCAUGCGUUUUUACAGCGUGAGCGUCCAGACUCUGUGUUGAUGGAUCUUAUUCAGAGAACCAAGGACGCAGUGCGAGAACUGGACAAUCUGCAGUACCGCAAGAUGAAGAAGAUCCUCCUUCAGGAGGCCCACAACGGGCCCACAGCAGAAGCCCCCGACGGAGACGAGGAUCUGGAGCCUGGCGGAGGUCGGACAGGAACUGUGAACAGUGUUGGGAGUAAUCAGUCCAUUCCCAGCAUGUCCAUCAGCGCCAGCUCCCAGAGCAGCUCCGUCAACAGUCUGAACGAAGCGGCCCAGGACAGCCGCAGCGAGCUGGACCUGAUGGAGGGAGACCACACAGUCAUGUCCAACAGCUCCGUCAUACACCUCAAACCGGAGGAAGAGGAGAGUUUCUCUGAGGAGCAGGCAGCCAGCAGCCCCCCCUCUGAGCCUCAGCCCACACCAGCUCUGGCCCCCAGGAAGCACUACCGCAACAGGGAGCACUUUGCCACUAUACGCACGGCGUCACUCGUGACCCGUGAGAUGCAGGAACACGAGCAGGACUCGGAGCUGCGUGAGCAGAUGUCGGGAUACAAACGCAUGAGACGGCAGCAUCAGAAGCACUUGAUGGGCCUGGAGAACAAGCUGAAAGGGGAGAUGGACGAGCACAGGCUGAGGCUGGACAAAGAGCUAGAGAGUCAGAGGAACAACUUCACCCAGGAGAUGGACAAGCUGCUCAAAAAACACCAAGCAGCCCUGGACAAAGACCUGAAGACUUUUACCAACGAUGAGAAGAAGUUCCAGCAGCACAUCCAGGUGCAGCAGAAGAAGGAGCUCAGCAGCUUCUUGGAAUCACAGAAGCGGGAGUACAAACUACGCAAGGAGCAGCUCAAAGAGGAACUGAGCGAGAACCAGUCCACCCCCAAGAAAGAGAAGCAGGAGUGGCUGUCCAAACAGAAAGAGAACAUCCAGCACUUCCAGGCGGAGGAGGAAGCCAACCUGCUGAGGAGACAGAGGCAGUACCUGGAGCUGGAGUGUCGACGGUUCAAACGCAGGAUCCUCAUCGCCAGACACAACGUGGAGCAGGAUCUGGCCAGAGAGGAGCUUAACAAACGACAGACACAGAAGGACCUCGAGCACGCCAUGCUGCUCAGACAUCACGAGUCGAUGCAGGAGCUGGAGAUCAGGCACCUGGGGACGAUCCAGAGGGCGAGGGCAGAGCUGAUUCGGACCCAGCACCAGACGGAGCUCACUAACCAGCUGGAAUACAAUAAGAGGAGGGAGAGGGAACUGAGGCGCAAGCAUGUGUUGGAGGUCCGACAGCAGCCGAAGAGCCUCAAGUCUAAAGAGCUUCAGAUUAAAAAGCAGUUCCAGGAUACUUGUAAAACCCAGACCAGGCAGUACAAGGCCCUCAGAAACCAUCUGCUGGAGACGACGCCCAAGUCCGAUCACAAGGCCGUUCUCAAGAGGCUUAAGGAGGAGCAGACCAGGAAGCUGGCCAUCCUGGCCGAGCAGUACGACCACUCCAUCAACGAAAUGCUCUCCACGCAGGCCCUGCGGUUGGACGAGGCCCAAGAGGCGGAGUGUCAGGAUCUAAGGGGACAGCUGCAGCAGGAGCUGGAGCUACUCAACGCGUACCAGAGCAAGAUCAAGAUGCAAACGGACGCUCAACACGACAAGGAGCGGAGGGAGCUGGAGCAGAGGGUCUCUCUGCGGAGAGCUCUGCUGGAGCAGAAAAUUGAAGAGGAAAUGCUGGCGCUGCAGAACGAACGCCUGGAGCGGAUCCGCUCGCUGCUGGAGCGCCAGGCCCGAGAAAUCGAGGCUUUUGACUCUGAGUCCAUGCGGCUGGGCUUCAGCAACAUGGUGCUCACUAACCUGGCGUCCGACUCCCAGGCCGGCUGGGGGGGUGGAGGUGGCCAGGGGGCUCAGGGGGGAGGCCACUGGUCUGGAGGAGGAGGUGGAGGCGGAGGAGGCGGCCACCACAGUCAUCACCACCAGGGAGGCUCCAGCUCACAGCAGCCCUGGGGUCACCCCAUGCUGGCUGGGGGCCCGCCGCCCUGGAGCCUCCAUCACCCUGGAGGAGGGAAUCAGAGGGGGAGCGCGGGAGGCGCAGGAGGGGUGAGGAAUAGCCCACAGGCCAUGAGGAGGACGUCAUCAGGGGGGAGAAAUGACCAGGGCAUGAGCAGGAGCGCCAGCAUCACCUCUCAGAUCUCCAACGGAUCCCAUCUGUCGUACACAUAGAACACACAAUUGUCGUGCAGUAGAACCGAGGUGACACGCAGACGCACAAUAUGCAUGCACCACACGUGUUCUUCACAUAGAUGUACUGUGGGACACAAGUGUGUUUGACACAUGAUGCACAGUACUGAGAAAGUUGCUCCCCCAUCCCCAAAGCUCUUACAUCAGUUCUGUGGAAACCCAAAAGUCUCGAGGCUGAGUUGGCUGAGGGCCACUUGCAGUAUGCAACUGUGCAAUAGUGUCAUUUUUACUGUAUGUCAGAGCUUUUUUAUGUGUUUUGCCAUGUUCGUUUCUGCUGUCAUAGACCCACGGCAGCGUUUUCAUAUUACCUACAGUGGAGGUUUUUAUCACAAGUCUGUUUGCAGCAUGCUGUUUAAUAUGAGUGAGGGGUAGACCCGAGGCUUUCAGAUGUUUUGCAAUCAAUUAUGCCAUUUUAAGAAUCCCAUUAAAAAUGUGUUCCCUCAAAUAACUCACAGCUUGAGAUUUAAGGACGGACACCUGACAGUUUGGAACGUUUUUUUAUAUUGCUGUUCAUGUGCACUUGUGGUGAGAAGGCAGGAGGUAAUAUUGCGUUCUGAUUAAGAUCAGAACGUUUUGGAACGGAAAAAGAAGAAAUUUUGUUUUAAAUACAAGUGGGUAGCUCCAACUUUAAAGAAUUAGCACAGAGACGUCCCAAGUUGCAAAAUUCGGUUCAGGUCUGAGUGACUCAGAGGGAAUCUAACCGGUGGAAUGAAGUGAGCAGGGCUGUACUAGAAUGAGUUAGCAAUGGGUGCACAGAUGCCAAAGGUGCAGCGUCAGAUGUGUCAUUAGAAUUAUCCAUGCCAACAUGCCGUUAGGUAUUGAAUAAGACCGUGCCAGAGACUUUAAUUGAAAGUUCAGGUAAUACAACGGGGCCAAGUUCAAUGCUGGAUUGGAGGAGAGAAGGGAAUCCGUGCAUACUCUGCCUCAUUGGCUCUUGGAUUUCCACAGAGCGCCGCCCACUCGUAUCUCAGCCUCAUGACAGGGAUGGGACUUCAGAAGCCCCCAACCACAAAAGUAUGUUCACCUCUCACUCGUUUGCGAUCAUUUUCUGGUCCAAUCUGGCGCCGUGUAGCUCGGUGACAGCGAUGCCUGUGGAUCAACACUCGCGCAAAGCGUCACUGCUGGAUGUCAAACACUCGCACUUAAUAAUUGAUGGAUCACAUUCACACACAAAGAUACGUUUAAUAGUCAUUUCUUUUUAUUUUUUUAUUCCCCAGUCAAACAGUUUUUACGCACUUGGUUGAUGAUUGCAUGAACAGGAGAAACACAAAAAAUGAGAUUGAGACAAAAAAAUGAAUAAAAAAAAAAAAAUCUGAAUUUUCUAAUAAUAAUGCACGUAGUAGAUGUUGCCUGGGUUGGUUUUAAAUAAGCAACACGGCAGAAUUCCAUUUUGGGGCAACAAUGGUUUGCCUGAUUUGUGAAUGAGGGGAGCAUCACCGGCCCUCUGCUGGUUGGGGAUUGCUGAGCGACGCGUUGGGUCGAUGGGCGGUGAUGCUGGGAUCUCCGCUGCCAUGACCCUGCGACCUCCUCUGGUCCGACAUCCCGCUCUGCCUCACCCACCCCUCCCUCCAAACCCGGGGCCCCCGACGUCCUGCUGUGACCAAUAACCUCCCUGAUUCCCUCCACCUUUGCCCCCCCCUCCUCCUCCUCCUCUUCCUGAGACCGGUUUCGUCUUCAUCCCUCCCUGAUCUGUUCGGAAAGAGCUCUUUAAGUGAGAGAAGAAAACAUGAAUAUGUAUUAUUAUAUAAAUCUUAUAAGAAAGGAUUAUAAUAAAGUAAUAGAUAAAGUUGGAAGUCUAAUUGUGAAAUGCAGACAUUAUGCAUUGUAUGAUUUUCAGAGGUGGAAUGUACAGUAAUCUUGUUAAUAUUGUAUAUUCUGAAUUUGAUAAUAUGGAAAUCUCGUUGACAAAUCAAAGACAAAUUAAGUAGUUGUGAUGUGGUUUUUGGACCAGCGGUAUUCACAUGAACAUUCAAUUAACAGCCGCUGGGUUCUGUGGGAAUGUUAACAGCGCCGCUCCGGGUCCGAUCGCCUCGAGUAAAAGGGCCACUUUUUGCUGAAUGCUGAAUGAGGCUGUUUUUUGCACAUAGUUUGAGAUCUGGUGAGGUGCAGCCCUUUCCUUUGCAAUGGCUGCUUAUAAUUAAUUGACCGUAUGAUACCCGAUUUAGGUGACUCGUCCUGUCUAUUUAGUUUUUUUAAAAUAUUUUUUAAAAGACUACGGUCAAGGUUCUACCAUAGAAAACUGAAAUAUUUCAAGGUAUAAAGACCUAUAGAAUUAGGAAAUUUUGACAUUUGGCUGCACAAACAAUGUUUAGUGCAACAGAAAUUCUUGCACAAGACAGUGAAAAUAUAUCUGUUGUUUUGAUAUCAAGGUCUUGGGUGUUGGGUCCACAAAUACAAUUUGGACUUUUUGUGGUGGUCGUACACGAAGCAUUUCCACAAGUAUCGGCCUUUUCUUGAAUCUUACCACCCGGAAUCUGUAAUCCUGUUUGCCUGUGUUGGCUAACUUCCAGAAAGUGAAAAAACAAACAGAAUCUUGUGGUCCCAUCUUUCUCUGCAACAUCUUUCAUCAAACCAUUUUCCAGGUCUGCAGUGUUUUUAUUUGGUUUUAAGCCAUGGCCAUUAGUUCUUCAGAGGUGUCUGCAGGGGGCCAAACGAGUGGCAGAUCCCCACCGUGUGUUGCACGAGGUGGUCGGAGAGUCUGGCUUCAGACCUUGGACACUGAGUGGGAUCAGUUGCACUGCUUGCACAAGUGAUGGACCGGAUUAAAGCUCCCGUGACGCCCCUCGGUGUCGCCGACUGGCGGUUGCCAUUGGUUGAAAGGAGGCUGGAGGCGGGGUUACGUCUCUGUACAGUCUGUUUCAGUCAGUAUUCCCUUUAUCUCUCCUGUCAUUUGGUGGAUCUUGCUGUUUUAUCGCCGUAAUCCAGAGACCUUUAUUAAACUGUAUUAAAUUGUAUAGAUUGUGCAAAAAGCUGAAUGUCGCAUAGCGAAGAGAAAAAUGUAUAAAAUAACGUCUAGGGGAUAAAUGUAAUAUUUUGUUUGUAAUUACUAUUUUUUGUUGGAAGAGGGCUACUGGAUAAAGAAUGAUCUGUAAUAAAGUAAUUUUAAUAUUU